AUGCGCUUAUUAAAAGCUGACAGUCAUAGUGAGCUAAUCCUAACAAAGAACUUGAUCAAGGACAUCCCAGACUACGCGAUACUUUCGCACACUUGGGCGAGAAAUGAGGAGGACGAAGUUACUUUCGAUGACCUGAAAGAUGGAUCUGGUGGGAAUAAAAGCGGCUACGAUAAGAUUCGGUUCUGUGGCGAACAAGCUCGGAAGGAUGGUCUACAGCAUUUCUGGGUGGACACAUGCUGCAUCGACAAAGCGAGCCACUCUGAACUAGCCGAAGCCAUUACCUCGAUGUUUGGCUGGUACCGUCGUGCCAAAAAGUGUUAUGUGUACCUGUCGGACGUGUCGGUAAGCAUCAACGACAAACACCACCCGACCGAGGAGACGUGGGAGUCGGAUUUUCGGAACAGUAGAUGGUUCACCCGUGGCUGGACUUUACAAGAACUGCUGGCGCCGAAAUCAGUCGAGUUCUUUUCGCAAGAAGGGAAAUGGUUGGGUGACAAGCACACGCUCGAGCGGCAAAUUCACGAAAUCACCGGAAUUCCGAUAAUGGCUCUCCGCGGUGUCGCUAUGUCCAAUUUCAGCGUCAGCGAGCGGAUGCGAUGGAGAGUGAAACGGAACACCACGAGACCCGAGGAUCAGGCAUACUGCCUUCUAGGUAUAUUUGACGUGUUCAUGCCUCUUAUAUAUGGUGAAGGUGACAAUGCGUUUCUUCGGCUCCAAGAUGAGAUCGAUAAGCGAUUAGGGGGCAGGGUUGACGUGGACAAGUCGUCGCACGCCCAAGGUACGAGCCCGAUUUGGCAUGUACCCUUUGCGCGACUAUCGGGAUUUGUUGGCCGCACAAAAGAAUUGGAACGUCUCAAGCGGCAGAUCUCCGACCCUUCCAGUUGGGGAAUCGUAUCUAUACUUGGAUUGGGAGGUGUGGGCAAAAGUCGUCUGGCACUGGAGCUGGCCUACCAGAUUCGGUCGAAGCACCCCGAAUAUUCGAUUUUCUGGAUCGAGGCUGUGGAGCAGUUGACAGUUGAGAAGAGUAUGCUCGAAAUUGGAAAAAGGCUCGGGAUUCCCGGGAUUGAAGAUGAAAAAGCCGAUAUUAAGAGCCUCUUUAAGCAGAGACUAAGUCGAUCACCUUUGGAGAAAUGGCUUCUGAUACUCGACAAUGCCGACGACGAGUUAUUAUGGGGAAAGCCAACGGGCCCAAUGUCGAGCGCAGUUACGUUAGUCGAGUACUUGCCGAAGACGACGCAUGGCUCUAUCAUCGUCACCACCCGCACUCGACAGGUGGCAAGUUUCCUCGCUGGAAAGGAGGUGAUUGAAUUGCGGGAGAUGUCACCACCUGAAGGUGUCGAGAUGUUCACGAAGUCCCUAGAAAGACCCGAGCUCGCUAUCGACGGUCCUGCAAUAUCCACCUUACUAGAGAAGCUGGCUUACCUCCCACUUGCCAUUAUUCAGGCUGCUUCAUUUAUCAACAUGACUCAACGACCUGUGCAGACAUAUCUUAAGCUCCUGGAUCAGUCUGAAGAAGACGUGAUUCAACUUUUAAGUAAGGACUUUGGCGACCCGACCCGAUAUUCUAAUGCAAAAAAUCCGGUUGCCACGACUUGGCUGAUCUCUUUCAAUCACAUCCGCCAGUACCAUCAGCACGCGGCAGAGUUCCUGUCAGUCAUGGCGUGCUUUCACGAGAAGAACAUUCCACGAUCGUUACUACCAGACGCUAACUCGGAGAUGCAGACCAUCGACGCGAUCGCCGUCCUAACGGGAUAUUCGUUUGUGAGAAGACUGGCAGAGAACAAUAACGCGACCGAUGAUGAGGAAUACUACGACCUCCAUCGACUCGUGCGGCUAGCCGCUCGGAAUUGGCUCAAAAUGGAUGGCUGCCUCUUUGAUUGGACGAAAGUCAGCAUUUCGCAUGUGGCAGAGCUCUUCCCGACCCGAGACCAUAGGCACAAGAAAACCUGGACAGUCUAUUUACCACACGCACAGCAACUUUGUGACGAUAGUGGGGUUCGAGAUCUUCAUGAACGAUACCGACUACUCGAAAAGAUGGGUCUUUGUUUCGUUGUGGAUGGGAAGUAUGAUGAAGCUGUGCUGGCACAUACUGCAGUAGUUAAGUGGAGGGAGAGUUCACCGGAAACUUCGGAAGAACAGAUCCUUACGGCGUACAACAACCUUGGAGAGGCAUUUAAUUGGAAGGACAGAAAGAAAUCUUUGGAGCGGGACAUCGCUCGACGCUGA